UUCGCCCUAACACGACACAACACAACAGAAGUUGGUGAGUACCUUUUGCAGUUAGUUGGAGUGUCUUUGUCCUCCACAACCAUAAUUUCCAUCAACUAACUUCACCAUCACAAACUUCCCUUCCCUCUGCUUAAACCAUAAUAACAAUGCAAUAACUCAACAAUCCCAUCCCAUCCCAACCAAACAAUGCCACCCUCUUCCUUCUACGCACGUCCCACCAUUUCAUAUCGCAGAUCCUCAUUCCUCCUUCUAAUCUCCUUCCUCUUACUCCUCUUCUUCGGAAUUACCGCUUUUCUCAGGCCGCUUCGUAACGAUCGAUGUCUCAACAUAAACCCUAGAUCGGUUCGUGUUCACUGGGACCACACCGCCACCGCUAGGCAGAAUGUGGUUGCUGAGGAUAGGCAUAAGGUUAUGGCUUUUGUUGGAAUUCAGACUGGAUUUGGAUCCGUUGGUAGGCGAAAAUCUCUGAGGAGCACUUGGUUUCCUUCUCAUCCUAAUGGACUUCAACGCUUGGAAGAAGCCACUGGCAUGGCUUUUAGGUUUGUAAUUGGUAGAACAAGUGAUAGAUGGAAGAUGUCUGCGCUUAAGAGGGAAAUUGCCGAAUACGAUGAUUUCAUUCAAUUGGAUAUUGAAGAGGAGUACAGUAAGCUCCCAUACAAAACGUUGGCUUUCUUUAAAGCUGCUUAUGCUCUUUUUGAAGCUGAAUUUUAUGUCAAAGCUGACGAUGACAUAUAUUUAAGACCAGAUCGCCUUUCAUUACUUCUCGCAAAAGAGAGAUCUCAUCCCCAGACAUACAUAGGAUGCAUGAAAAAGGGCCCUGUUUUCACUGAUCCGAAAAUCAAAUGGUAUGAGCCACUAUCUAAGUUGCUUGGAAAGGAGUAUUUCCUUCAUGCUUAUGGUCCUAUAUAUGCUCUUUCUGCUGAUGUUGUAUCAAGCUUGGUCGCUCUUAGGAAUAACAGUUUUCGGAUGUUCAGCAAUGAGGAUGUUACCAUUGGAGCUUGGAUGCUUGCAAUGAAUGUCAACCAUGAAAAUAAUCACAACCUUUGUGCUACAGAGUGUACACCGACAUCAAUUGCUGUGUGGGAUAUUCCAAAGUGUUCAGGCCUGUGUAAUCCAGAAAAGAGAAUGUUGGAACUCCAUCAAAUGGACAACUGCAUUCAGAGUCCAACUAUGGAAUCUGAUGAAUAGUAUAUGUAUUGGUCCUCAUACUAAUGAAGCGAACUAAGCUAAGCAGGCUGAUUAUAAAUUUUUUGCUGCUGUGUUGGUGUGGCUUAAAUUGUUGGCAGUAUCAUCAGUCUGGAGGCUGUUUUAUGCGACUGCAAUGUGCACAUUUCUAUCUUAGAUGAAUUUGUUGGUGUUUUGGCAGUGCGGGUUGUAGGAACAGAGCCACAUAUCUGCAUUUCAAGCGCUGUUGGGCGGUGUAAUCAAGUUUGGUGUGGGCUGGCGUUAUGCUGGAGCGGCCGAGCAGCGGAGGAUGAGGUGUUUAAUGGUGGAAUAGGCUGUAACUGUUCUGGAGUUUUGCUGGGUUUUGGAAUGGUUGUUCAACUCUGUAUUUUGCAUAUUUUGAUCACACAAAAUGCCGCUACGGUGUUUACCUUUAGGAGUUUGCUGUAUCUUAUGAGAUUUAAGAGUUAUUUUUGUAUCUGCUUUUUAUUUGGGGUAAGGUGAUCUAAUGGUUGUUUGCUUGUCAGAGCAAUGCAUAAUCCUUCUUUGUUUUAA